GCUAGUUAUUUUUUUUAUUGUUUUAUUCAAUUUAAAUAUUCGAAUGUUUGUGAGAAGAAGAAAAAACGAUCAAUAUUAAUCUGCAUAUGCGGUGGACAUCGGUUAUGGUCAUCUUUGGUAGCUCCUUUAAAAGCUUAUUUGGCAAAACAGCUCUGAUAUUCACGAACGACCUGAACCGGAAGCGAUGCAACCUGUUUUGGAAAACGGAAAGUUUGUUGCACGUAACCAUGAACUUUAAGGUAAUAUGCUAGCCUCGCUUAUUCAUUUUAUGUUUACUUUACAUUCUAUUUUAUUUUAUUUUAAUAUCUGAAUGAUAUUGAGAGGAAAAUGUCUUUGUCAAAACCAAUAAAGUACCAGAAGCGAAAUAAUCCUAACAGCGAUUUCUGUUGUGUACCUAAAUGCGCGAUAUCAGGGAAGUUCAAUUCCACCAUUAGUUUCCACCACUUCCCAAAGGAUGAAACUUUAAGGAAAAUAUGGAUACGUAAUGUGAGACGUGAGAAUUUGGUAAUUAAGAGGACCACGACAGUCUGUAGUAGACAUUUCGUUUCCACGGAUGUCAUUCAAGGUGGACGACGACGCUUGAAAGAGGGGGCUGUGCCUGUGUUGUUUGCCUGGAACGAUUACUCUUUACCGGCAGCCAGUGUCUGGGAGAGAAGACCACGACCAGAGGAUGGAGUAACUGAAAAGGAAAACAUGGAUGUUGAAUUGUUGCUUCAGUGCCACGAUUACGAUGCAAAACCAGAACCAUCAGCGUUGGAUAUAGCAUAUGAGAAAAUAGAGGCUCAACAGCUGGUGAUAGAAGAGCUGCGAAAGAGACUGGAAGAGGUUACACUGAAGCAGUCGUUUGGCUUGGAGAGGUUUUCAGCAUCGGACGAGGACAUUAGAUUCUAUACCAGAUUUGCCAGCUACCGACAUCUACAGGCAUUUUGGAGGCAGAUUGAACCUGCAACCAGGAGAAUUGUGCGUGUUGGUACACAGCCAUCCACUUCCAGCCCAACAGCAGCUCCUGACAAAGCAGCUGAUCUGCCUCGUCAUACGAGCCGAUGUCUUCCACUAAUCGAUGAACUGUUCCUGUUCUUGGUGUACCUGUCGCUGGGUCUGAAGGAGAAAGAUCUUGGUGAUCGCUUCAAUAUUCACCAGUCUGCCGUCAGCAGGAUAAUCAAAAGUUGGGUAAAUUUUUUGUACACCUUAUUGGGCGCUGUCAGAAUUUGGAUGUCUCCUGAGGAAAUUAGAGCCACGAUGCCGAGUGUGUUCGGCAAGUACUCUGACACCCAAGUCAUUAUUGACUGUACAGAGCUGAGAUGUCAGGUGCCUUCAUCUUUACUCUUACAGAGUGAGACGUUUUCUCAGUGUAAAUCCCACACUACCCUGAAAGGAAUGAUCGGUGUGUCACCACAUGGUGCUGUUUCAUUUGUUUCCUCACUAUAUCCAGGCUCUGUCAGUGACAAAGAAUUGUUCAGGCAAUCUGGAAUUAUCCCUCUUUUGGAUAAAGACAUGGCUGUAAUGGUGGACGAGGGUUUCAGAAUCGAUGACCUAGUGCCCUGCAAAGUUUACAGACCACCUUUUCAGCUGUCUCAUGAUGAAGUGCUGGUCACUCAGGACAUUGCACGGUUAAGGAUACACGUGGAGAGGAUAAUUCGGCGCAUCAAAGAGAUCAAACUGUUUGACACUAUUAUCCCUCUGACCUUUUCUGGCAGAAUCAACCAGCUUUUUGAGGUAGCCUGCCUCCUAACAAACUAUCAAAACAAGCCACUGGUCAAGGCUUGGGCCAAAGAACUGACUCUGUAUUAACCUCACUGAGAAACUGGACGCUUGCUCACCAAAAUGACAAUGAGCCUCCAUCAGUUCUGGUUCUUAGCACUACACAACGAUUUCAAAAAGAACCGGAUUUUCUGAUGUCACAGAUGUGAUGCAUAUUUAUGUAGCAGCAAUACAUGUUUUGACUUCAAGCUAUUUGUCAAAGUUUUCAUUAACAGUCUUUUAUAUCUAGUAGAAUGUAUGAAGACGGAAAACAUCUUUUAUACUGUGACAAUAUGAUACAUUUAUUUUAAAUGUUAUAAUGAAUUUUGUCAUUGACAAAUCUGUCUAGAAAAGAAACAUUUUUCUCUUUGUUCAUUGACCUUCUGCAGUCCAUCAUGUUUACAGCUGUGACAAUAAAUGCUUAUCAGGAUCAACGAAA